AUGAACGAUGAGCGAAAUAAUGAGACUGAAUCUCAGCGGCCUGGGAACAACCAUGUAGUGAAUGGAGGCUGGGUGCCUUGGACGUUGCGACUCCCAUUCCUCUGCUCGUUAGCGGGAUUUCUCCUUCUUUUCGGCAUCGCACUCGAGGUUAUUCGUCAACUCUCAGAACGCAAUAAUGGGUUGAUCAUUUACAAGACCGUCAAUGAGAUACCGAAAGUUAUCUCAGGGGCCUAUGUCUAUGUACCUGUGUCCCUGGGUGUUGUGGCGGUGACUUUAUGGCAAUUUUGUGUCGGCGAUGCUCUUCGAUUGGAACCUUAUUUUCAGUUAGCUAGACCAGAGGGAGUCUCAGCAACGGUGCUUUUCACAAACUACAACUUCUUCUAUGGUGUUAUGGCUCCCGUUACCGCAGCCCGCAAUCGACACUGGCUGAUCUUCGUCAUCACCACCCUGUCGAUGGCCUUCCGCAUCUUGCUCCCUUCCUCAUUAGCGGGGCUGGUGGUGUUGACUGAGACAUCCCUAGAUCAAACAUUUACCGUCUCCACGUGGCCGAAAUUGCUUGACCAAGACACUCAGACGAACUGGUUUGCCGCUGAAGCAAUACGUUACACCGAUGCUUCGGUGGUGAGGACGGCCGAUGACAUUUUCCUAUCCCGUUCCUCUGAAUAUGCCUCGGCGGCAGUAUCUAUGCCGCUUGACGAGAACGAAACCUCAAUGUUAUCCAUAAACCAGACUGUUUAUUGGAGCGAGCUAUCCUGCCAGAACGUGUCGCACACGAAUAUCACGUGGGCGCGGCAAACGACUACCGACACAAACGCGGACCAUGAUAGCAGUGACUUGAAACAGUUGUGCGCAAUGCAAAUCGAGUUUCCUUCUAGUGAUAAUGAUCAUCCAUGCACUGUUGACUUCGCCCUCAACACGACUCUUCAUCCACAGAGGGGCCCGCUUCAAUUGCGAUACUGGGAGCCGAUACGUGCCCAGUCAGUACUGGGUCAGGAUUCAGCGUUUCAAACAACCCAUUGUGAAAAUUACGCGUUUCUCGGCUUCCUCAUUGAUAUCGCCGAGAAUGCUGAAGUGGACACCGGUCGAUCUCCAAAUGGCACUGCAUUUGCUUGCCAUGCGACCUAUCAAUCAGCUGAAGCUGAGCUCAAAAUUGCCGUCGAUGCUUCGAUCACUGAAGCUAAAGUCGACUCUUCUAGUCGAAGAGAUCUGCGGGACGCGGAAUUUUUUGGCCCCGGCUUUCAUGAUCUACUCUACCACAAAAGCCGCAGAGCCAUAAGUCUCGAGCUUCAAAUUCAAAGCGGUAUCAUGGAAACUUCUGUCAACCAUACAUGGUUGGUUCCCUCUGGGCCCAAUUUCAAUUUGGACCAAGAAAUUCUUUCUCAUUCGGUUGAUCUGCCUGCAUAUCAGGAUGCAAUCUUGCACUUCUGGAACUCUCAAUUCAUAGUCACCAUGAACAAAUUGUUUGACGUCACAGCCCCGGUUCCGUUAGAAGCUACUCAAGUCACGACCCUCGUAGCUCUUGAUGUUUUAUCGAACCCGGCCGUUAUUGCCGAGGCUUUACUUUUCGCUGCUGCAACAUUAUUAUUGAUUCUUGCGGCUGUGUACCCUCGUCGUGCAACUUUUCUUCGGAGCGAUCCUGGAUCAAUAGCAGCCCAGUGCACUAUCAUCGCAGACCUGUUCGUCGCAGAAGGUCCUCUAGCUCAAUCGAGUGAAAUCUUCAGUCACGCAACUUCCCACCAACUCCUUCGAUGGGCAAAGAACUUCCGGUGCGAAUGGUCAGAAGGCCCAGCUGGCAAAAAGAUUGAUAUAGUCCCACUGCCUUCCAGUAUAGCCUCUGGAGCAUUGGCACUACCACCAGCCCGCAGACGCACGGACCGAAGACCCCAUUUUGUCAUUCUUCAUUGGUUUUUGGUGGAAUGCAUGUUGCUGACUGGCACCCUGGUGACGUAUGGCUUUGCGCUGAGCUUUCUAUCCCUGAAAGACGUCAAUGCCGAGUCGGCUCAACAGAUCGGGCUUUUAAUUUUCUUGUUAUUUGGGCCUACAUUCAUAUCAUCCUUGGUAAGCUCUCUGCUUGCCUCCAUUCUGCGGCACUUGACGAUUAUUGAAACAUGGGGACGCCUCCAGAAGGGCAUGGCCGGCAUGGGAGCGUCGUUGGCAAAGAACUAUGGCUCGCACAUCUCGAUUUCCGUCCUUUUUCACAAUCUCUGCGAAGGGCCACUGCUGGUCACGGCUUUGUCGAUCAUCUGUACCCUAGGCUUGUCCCUUACAAUCAUCAGUGGAGGAAUGUUCGAACCACAAACCAAGCUCCAUAAGCAGGCGGCUACCGGCUUAAGUGCUCAAUACAAUGGCACGACCUUUCAGCUUCCCACUUCUAAUGUGCAGUUUGAUGGAAUUGGCUUGGUGCUCAGCAAUUUGAACCGAGGCACCCCGAUUGUGCCUUGGCAGGACGAAAAACACUCGUUUCUUCCCUUGUCCAACUCCGAGGUGGAAACCAAUGGAGCCAACAAUUUUAACUAUGAAGCUGUCACCCUUGGGAUUGGAGCAAGCCUCCAAUGCCACCAGGUCCUCCUCGAUUGGUCAAAGGUUGAAAAUGGAUCCGGCACAAGAACUUGGAACUAUACAAGUCCGUCCGGCUUCAUCUGCACGGUGGAAGCCCCAAACAGAGUGGAAGGUGGUUUGAUCAAAAGAUCUAUUUCAUAUCUCCAACCUGACGGCGUGUCUUAUGCGGAAACUGGCUGUCAGUCAACAAUCUUGAUCCUUGCUCGCUGGGAAACGACGCAAUCUUCGCCGUCAAAUUCGCAAAGUUCGAUAGCCCUCUCAUGUCAACCCUCUAUCACAAGUGAGGGUUUCGAGGUUGUUUUCGACCACCGGGGCAUUGUAUCGUCCUCAAAGCCUACAACGACAUUGGCCAUGCACGAUAGGCCCAUUUCACAGAAUCUAUCACUGCCUAGCUUGGUGCAUUUGAACCGGGCUAUCAUGAGUCUCUCCAACCCAUAUAACCCUCUUGGUAAUGUGUCCUUCUUUCACUAUGACUGGCCUGGCAUGAUGACCGCACUCACAUACGACCGCCUUUAUCAUACUUCACAGCUCUCUUUUGAUGCCACCUCAUUGAUGAGCGCCGCGCAGUCAACGUACCAGCAGAUACUCAGCACAUAUCUCACCUUCAACCGGGACCUGUACUUCCAACGUUAUGCGAAGUCAGCCGCUCCCCGAAUUGAGGGGACUGUCACAAAAAGUCUUUGGGGCCUGUUUCCCUCAGCUGCCUCCAUUAUGAUCGCGCUUGUUCUCUUGUCAUUGGAUAUCAUCAUAGUUGUCUUUAUCUUUGUUGCACGAUCAAACUACUUCCGUGCACCUCGAAACCCCAAUUCGCUCGGGUCAUUGAUUCCUUGGGUUGCCGGAAGCGAAAUGAUGACUGAUCUUCGAGAAAUGGCACGUAUGGGAAAGAGACAGUUUCAGCAAUUCCCGGAGCAGAACCAGUUUUACCGUUUUGGUCUUUCCCGCGAUAUGAAUGGCAACGAAAGGUGGCUCCUGGACUACGACCACUCGGGUCUACAAGGAGCUGGUAAUGAACUGAGCCAGAUUCCCACCCAACCCCGCGCCCGGAGACGCCAUCGCAGCAUCUCUUGCUCAAGCGAAAGUGUUGGGGGUGAGAUGAUUGCUUUGCCAAGUCAACCAAUAUGGUUUCCUAUGGGAAUUUUCCAAGGCAUUGUUGAUUUUGCGAAAAGGCGGGCCAAAAGACCACAAGUGCCUUCCUAA